GGUAAGGCGAGGCACUUCAUGGCACCGGGACGAGUGGGAUGGACCUGUGUGGCACUGUGCUGAACCUCCGUGGCACUGUGGGAGGUUAGAACCGAGUGCCAUGAAUUGUAACCGUGGUAUAGUGCGGUGAAACAUUCAGUCCUUGUGCGGCGACUGUUAGAAUGGUGUUGUCUCUCGAACUGCGGUGUGUUGUAGUGAAAAAUGGUGAGUCAUUGCCGAAAUGGUGACUCGAUCGUGUGCUGGUGAGGGAGAGAGAGAGAGACAAAGUGUGAGGUGAUGUCAUGAAGCUGUGAUGGGGCGGCAGUGAUGGUGGUGGUGAUGGGGUGUUAAAUGUGAUUGGUGAGUGAGUGUUUGAAAAUUAAAUGGUAAUGAUGUGCCUCUUAAGGUUGUGAUUUUUUUUUUUUUCAACGAUGCCUUGAAAUAGUGCUCACUUUAAUGACUUUGUCUUGAAACUGACACGAGGAGGCGCAAGAGAGUGAGACGGUAAUUAAAACUCGUGAAAUUGUAAAGAAAAAAAAAGGAAAAGAAGAAAUGAAACACAAAUACGAACAAAAGGAGACAAGGAGUAAGUCGAGAAAAACAUGUAAAAUCGAAUUGUCAGUAAAGGAAAGGCUCAGAUAUAUCGAAGGAAGCUUGAUAUAAAAAGUGAAGCAAAUACAGGAAACAAAGAGAGCAACAGAUAAUCGAGACAAAGGUGAAGAAAACGCAAAUGAGAAAGAAAGACGGAAACGUUAAAAUGUAAAUAAAAACAUACGUAAAAAGAAAAAAGAAAACACGAAACAAAGUGAAAUAAAGGAGUAUUAUAAAAAAAGUGAAUCUAAACUAGAAAAGAAAACGAGAAACAAAAGAAAGAGAGUAGAAAACCAAACCACACUUAAAAAAAAACAAAAAAAACAGAGAAUAAGGUGAAAAAAAGAAGUUUGUUGUAAAAAAGAAAGAAAGAAAGAAAGAGAGAAAACAAGGACGACACGGAAUAUAAAAGCUCAAAUAAACUGAACGAAAUGAGCUAAUAAAAAAAGAAAAGUGAUAUGGAAUUUUAACACGGAACAAAGAGAAAGAAAAUAGAAACUAGUAAACAAACAGAAAAUCAAGGAAAGAAAGAGUAUAGUAAACAAAAAGAAAAAAAAAACUAGUAAAUAGAAAACUAACAAACGAUAAAGUAGUAAACAAAUAUAAAAUAAAGGAGAUGAAAUAGAAAGAGAAAGACGACACUGAUUCUAGAUACAACACAGAAUACUAGUGAGGGAAACGUUAAACCCAGAACAUCAGGGAACAGUAACAAAAAAUGCAUAGGUUGUGAUGGGCGUCGCGAGACAGAAAAGAGAGAAGAGAGGCCACGCCGCGCGCUGGACUGACUCACUGAGGGAUGACGGCCAGGCACUGUAAGGAGGCACACAAACAGCGCGGGGCUUCCUUCACGCGGCACUAAGGCGGCGGACAUGAACCACUGCUGCUACUCACUACUCAGGCCCCACGACUUGCUGCAGUGAAGACGUCGAGUGAAGCUGCAGAAAAAGUUGGUGUUCACGCGGCGAGAUGGCGUUCGUGCUGCUUCCAUGUGAUCUGCCCACCUGGCCCGCCAUCACGCGCCUCCUCACCUCCCUGCGCGGCGCCUCCUCCCCGGGGCAGGUCGGCCACGUCCUGCGCGCCCUCCAUGCCCUCACGGACGUGUCCCUGGAUCCUGACCCUCCUGAGGGCGGCGGCGGCGUGGAGGACGUGGUGGCGGCCGUGGAGGACUUCCUACGGCGGGAGGGAGACGCCCUUGAGGUGUGGGAAGUGGCGCUGCCCAGCCUAGUGUCUGCCGCCCUGGCCUUGAAGGACCUGAAGCCCCCGCACGGCCUCACCUACUCCCUCCAGCAGCAAGGUGGCGACGUGGUGGUGGCUCGCAGGCUGGCGGCGUCCCUGCUGGCUCACAUGUUCCUGGGUACCCUGCCCCGCCGCGGUCCCCUCACGCACCCUACCCUCACUGACCCCACGCUCGCCCCCACACUGGCUGCCCUCAACAGGGAGAGUCAGAAGGCGAAAAUGCGCGCUUUCUUCCGCUACUUCAAGACCUUGGCGAGGGACAAGUGUGGCGGCGAGGUGACCUUCUCCCGCAAGGUAAUGACGGGACGGGAGUGGGUGCGCCUGCAGGAGUGGGCGAGAAGCAAGACGCCCCUGUGUGGAGUGGAGGUGAGGCGGGAAGGGGGCGUCACCUCGGGGCUGCCCAAACCCUCCCUCAUCACGGCCUUCACCACCGCUGAUCCCGCCUUGCCCGCCCUCACACCAGUCCCCUCCCAGGCUGCAGCGGUGCUCCAGAACAGCCCCGAGGUAGUGGUGGCGGCGCUGCUGGUGGAGAGGCUGGAGGACAACGAGGCACUGCAGGUGACUGGCGCACUCACAUCUAAGCCCCCAGGACAGUCCGGGCUGUGGCGAGAGGUGACACAUGUACUGAUGGAUGCCGACGAUUACCGCGCCUCGGAGCUCCUGCAGUACGAGGAGGUGAACGUCCUGAGGGAGCUGAACAAGGCGCGUCUCGGCUUUUCCCAGGAACUGCCCAGCCCAGCCACGCCGCCCGCAGCCCCGCCAGCAACAGUGCUCCCCGCCUCCUCCUCCUCCCGCUCUUCGGAGAUCAUUUCAGUGUCCCGGCAGGAGUCAGUGGGCAGCGGCAGCACAGGGCAGAGGGUGAGGGCGCAGGACUCUCCUCUGGUGACCCAGGACGCCAGUCAGGGUAAACAAACUGGGGGCGCUGAGGAGACCCGGGCGAAAGAAGAGAAAGAGAUGACAAGCGGAGAACAAAAGACAGCAAAAGCAGACGAAGCGAAAACGGAACUAAAGGAGGAAGUGAAGGACAGUGCACAGAAAACGGAGGAGCACGUGACUAAAGAAGGGGUUACUCAAGCAGAUGUGGAGACGCGGGCAGGGAGUGAGCGCUUCUAUGACACCAGGGAGUCUCCGAUCAACGCGCGGCGGAAGACAUCCAUCACGCAGAGGAUAAAGGGCAUGCUGAGGAAGGGAGGGGACGCCAAGGCCAAGGAGAAGCAAAGGGACAAGAGUGAGGUGCGGGACAAGAGUGAGCUACGGGACAAAAGUGAGACUAGAGGCGACGGCGGCAGCAGCAAGAGAGGGUUGUCCUUCAAAUACUACAAGCGGAAGGGCAAAGGCAAGACCAAGGGCAAAGGGAAGGAGGACCCGGCGGCGGAGAGCAAGGUGGAGACGGAGACAGACUCAGCAGGAAAGCAGAAGGGUCAGCAGGGAGCGGAUGGAUCAAAAGUGACUCAAAAGGAAACAGAUCAGCAGAGGUCAGCAGUGACGGCACCCCAGCAGCAGAGGUUAGUUAGGGACACACAGUCAGCCACGCCGCCGCGCAAGCCGGGCAUGGCUGACGGCAGGAAGUCAGCGCCGGAGCCAUCCACGCCAACAGGGGAGAAGAGCAGUGGGACGGGCCUCCAGCAGCAGGACUCAGCAGGCAGCAGCUACGUGACGGCCCAGAGCACCAUGCGUCGCGCCUCCCGCAAGCCACGACUGACUCGCACCAAGCGCCUCGAGGCCUUCCCCUCCACCUGUGACCCCGGCAGCCCCAGGUCACCACCGCCCAGUCAAACUGACGCUAAGGCCACACAGGACACCUCCAGAGGCUCGCGCGGCACUGGAGAGUCUCUGAAGGACGCGGCGGAGGAGGAGGACGAGGAAGAGGACGAGACGACGAGGCUCCUGAAUCGCGUCCUACGAGCGAUACAGAUCCUGGAGAAGGAGCGGCCCGAGCUGGUGGAGGAGGCCGCGAAGGAGGAGGAGAAGAAGGAGAGGGAAGAGGAGGAGGCGGCGCAGAGAGCAUCAGACCACCCUCGCACCCUCGGCAGAAUGAAGGCUCCGCGACCGCCCACUCCCCGCCCUCUGCGACACGAGACCCGGGGGAGGGGGACAGAGGUAACAGUGCGGCAGGAGGACGGAGAGUGGAAGAGGAGGCUUGGAAGGGAGGAGAGGCCAGGGGUGGGGGCUGGUGAGACUGGAGAGCUGGGGGACAGGAGGAAGAAGAUGCUUGGGAGUGAAGGACUGAAGAACCUGUCUCAAUAUUACUCAUGCUCUGAAGAACCACAACCUUCCUCCCCACACCAGCGUGCCGUGUCUUCCCCUCCCGCACGCAAACCUACCCCAAUCAAGCCCUCCACACUCACACAAGGCCGCCCAAUCGCCUCCCCUCUCGGCGCGUCUCAUCCCCGGUCACCUCCACUCUCCCCACUAAGCAAGACCAACAAGUUAUACCCAAGGACGCCUCCAGUGUCUCCCCUUAGCGCCUCACACCCUCGUUCGCCACCUCUCUCGCCCCUCAAUAGAUCUCAGCCCCGUUCCCCGCCCGUCUCUUCCUUAGCGCUGCGUCGCCCUCAGAUGUCAGAGGACGAUCCCUACUACAGCGCCUGCGAGAGUUUGGACGAGGAGGAAGCCCCCGCCUCGCCGCGACCUAGGAGACCAUCCAGGAAGCGGGGCAAGAAGUCAGCGCGCAAGUCCUCCUUUGCUGAAAGGCUGAAGGAGGCCGUGGCGCGGGAGCCUAGCCCAGACUCCCCAGAGGACAUGCCGCGCAGACACAGAAUGAACCGUCAGGAAUCCGCUGGGUUUGUCUUGGACCAGAACCUUCCCCACUCCUUCAGUAGAGAGGAGCAGCAGCGGCAGGAGGAGGAGGAGGAAGAAGAAGAGGAGGAGGAAGAGGAGGAAGAUAGCUCAGAGGAUGAAGAUGAUGAGGAUGAUGAAGAAGGGAAGGGAAAGAGAGAAAAGACUUGUUCGUCUCGUUAUUCCUUCAGUUCCGAUUACACUUCAGAGCUGGACGAGGUGUACGAGGAGCUCGGCGCGGCUCUGCAGGGUCUGGAGGGGGGGGAGCCACAGGGACCCCGCGUGGCCGCCCUCACCCGCCUGGCCCGGGGGAUCCUCAAGCGAGGUCUGAGUGAGUCGUUCAAGGAUGUACCGCUGGGCCUCGACGGGAGCACCCUGCGGAGUCUUCCUCAGGGGGGAGGCGAGCCGCUACUUCCCCGCUCCCUCUCUCUCACCGCCCGCCACUCCCAGCACGCCCGCGCCGCCGCCCACACGCCACCGCAGCCCCAUGACUCCAAGGCGCGGCGGGGCAAGCCUGUUGUCACCGGGAACUGGGGCUGCGGCUCUCUCAAGGGUGACCCCAUGCUGAAGGCCAUGAUCCAGUGGGCCGCCGCCAGCCAGGCAGGGGCGCCGCGACUCGUCUACUGCACCUACGGGGACCCUCAGCUGGUGAAGCUGGACACAGUGGCGCGGCUGGUGGGCGACCGCGGGUGGACGGUGGGACAGCUGGUGGCCACAGUGCUACGUUUCUGCGAGGCCAGGCUGAAGCGAGGCCCGGCAGCAGGGGCGACACUCGAGACGGAACUCACGGAAUCCGCUGACUCCACGCUCCCUGAGGCCUACAGGUAUCGCUUGAGAAACGAAAACAUCAACCUAUUUGACGACCUGAUAGGACGAGAACGGCCCCAAGAAGGCCUCAAGACGGAACUCUGAGUCACGCCAGUUGCCUCUAUACACCUACACCUGUCACACUCACACCUCCACACCUGCCUUAUGACCACCCCCUACCUCCUGCCUUACCUGACCCGUCCUUCAUAAUCCUCGUCUUCCAGAUCUGCUGUGCUCCAAACCUGCAACAUGUGUGUAAUAUCAUGUGGCAGUCUUUGGAAGAUUUAUUAUAAGGAAAAAAAUAAUUGCUCUGUUAAGAUUAUUAUUAUUAUUAUUAUUAUUAUUAUUAUUAUUAUUAUUAUUAUUAUUAUUAUUAUUAUUAUUAUUAUUUGUUGUUGACACGUG